GCUACAAACUAAACAGCUUUCCUUGUUUUUUUUAUUUCAGAAUGAGAAAGUAGAUACAACUAAAGACGCCGAAGAGUUAUUAUUACUGCGUAUGCGUAAACGGUCUAAAAGACGCCGCGAAAAUAGAGGAACUUUAAUAGACUUGGUAACAGAAGUAAAAAACAUGGCGGAGGUUUCUAAAAUGAAGCUUACCGAAGAAGCUGUCAAUUCCGAAAAUCCGGAUAUAAUGCUCAACACAAAAGAUACACCGGAAAGUACAUUGACAGCAGAUGAUGCAUCGAAACCAGGUUUAAAUCAAAUGGAAGAACCAAAGUCAUCUAAAGUUACCAAGAAACUUGAAACGAACAAAAAUGAAUCUAAAAUUAAAAAUGACUCUGAUAAUACAAAAGAUAUAAAGCCAGACGUUUCUAUGAAUAAAGGAAAAGGAUUAAAAAAAGAUAAUAAAAAGGUAAAAAAAUCCACUGCAAAUCAAGAAUUAUCUGCUGAUAAAACUACCAAAACCACCGGUAAAGAUAAUAUUGCAAAGUUAAAUCACACGAAACGACAAAAUAAAAAGAAGGGCGAAAAUGAUAAAAGUGAAAUAACACGAGAAGUGUCCAUUAAUCCUGGUGUAGAUAAAGAUAAUGAAACAUCGGCUAUAUCAGGAUAUGAACCAAAUACAGAAAAAGAAGUGAGCACAGAAGUGAUAAAUUUAGCACAGAAAUCUGACUCGAACAACACUUUUAAGGAACAGGACGAGAACAAAAUGAAAACUGAUGAUAUUACAAACAAAGAUAUUUACCAGAAUACAACCACUAAUGAGACUUUUCAAAACAUGGAUUUUGACAAAAAGGAAAAUACGAACAUAAAUGAUAAAACUCUUGAAAAAGUUAAUGUUGAAGAUGGACGAAGAAGCCAUGAAAGCACACAAGUUGAAAAAACCGAUGAGGAUGAACUUAGUAAAGAUGACCAUGACCGAAGCAAAAAUAUUCAUGUCGAGAGUAACGACUUACAAAAUGAAUCCGAAAUCCAAAAUGAUAAUACAAAAGAUAUAAAGCCAGACGUUUCUAGUAAUAAAGGAAAAGGAUUGAAAAAAGAUAAUAAAAAGGUUAAAAAACCCACUGCAAAUCAAGAAUUAUCUGCUGAUAAAGCUACAAAAACCACCGGUAAAGAUAAUAUUGCAAAGUUAAAUCACACGAAACGACAAAAUAAAAAGAAGGGCGAAAAUAAUAAAAGUGAAAAAACACGAGAAGUGUCCAUUAAUCCUGAUACAGAUACAGAUAAUGAUACAUCGGCUAUAUCAGGAAAUGAACCAAAUACAGAAAAAGAAGCGAGAACAGGACGAGAACAAAAUGAAAGCUGA